AUGAGAAAGCACAAACAUUUUAAUUUAAUAAUGGACAGCGUAGGGGGGGACCUGCACUCCGCCGCCAGCCGGGAUAGCGGUAGCCACACCGGAAGUUUGACGAGCGAGCGGAGUCGUCACGCAAGCCGCUUCCCCAGCCACACACCCAAGGGAGGAGAAGCCCCCCAAAGGCGUCCACAAGAACCGCCUCAGAACGCACACGCGCACAGCCACCGACGUGUGCUCAAGUGUGUGCUCAGAAGAGGCAUUAAAAGAAAUUCCUCGGGUGCCUCCACGCACAAGGAGAAGGACGCACACACGUCGGAAGCUUAUCCGGUGGAUGAAGCGACGACGAAUUGUAUACCGAGUGGGAGGAACGGGAAGGAUCACCCCGAUUGGAAGAACUACAAUAAACAGGCGAAACAAACAGUCGAUGUGGCGACCCACUCCACGGCGCCACAACAGGCACCAGGCUACGUCAGCGAUGAGAAAGACCAUGUGUUGCCGUGCGCCGAGGGAAGGGGGAAGCCGAAGGACAAGCAGAAGAGGAGAAGGGGGAAGGCGCGCCCCCCUGCUUCUGAAGUAGACGCGCAUGCGUCGUUUGCGGCCAACAGGGGGGGUGAUAAACCCGCCGAUGAGGGUUGCGGCGGUGAGGACAGCAACAGUGAUGGUAACAGCGGUGAUGGUGCCGACGAUGGUGCCGACGAUGGUGCCGACGAUGGUGCCGACGACGAACAUGGCAGGCACCACCCCGACCGCUUACACCCCCCCCGUGGAGUCGACCCGAGCGAGGAACGCAGGAGGAAGCUGAGCAUUCACAUAAAAAAAGUGAGCCAAGUGAACAAAAUUCUAUACAACCUAAAUUGCUUCAACAAGUUUAGCAGCCUUGAUUUUAGGAAAGGGAUGCCACAAAAGAAGAAGCAAAGUGAGACGGAGGUGGUAGAACCCAGCUUCACCUCCGUAACCCCUCUCUCGAGGAGUUCGCAGAAGGAGAGCCCCACUUCGCUCGUCACCUACACGCUCCACCCGAAGCAGCUGCCUCUGCAUAAGGAAGGAAAGGCAAGCGGCAAAGACAAGCGACCGAGUGAGGUGCGUCAACCCGUUCGUAACAUCCAUAAGGGGAAGGACGCCACCGCGUUAGGUAGAAGCUACCCCGCGAUUCACGCGGCGUGCCACCCCGAUGGUGAGCCAAGUGCCGAGGACUCGCCCCCCCUCAACCAGGUUAGCACCAACCAAGUUAGCACCAACCAAGUUAGCACCAACCAAGUUAGCACCAACCAAGUUAGCGGCAACCAAAUUAGCGGCAACCAAGUCAGUGCCAACCAGUUCCACCGCGACAGUGACUGUGAGGAGGAUGCCGCCCCGGAGGCGCGCCCCGGGGCGCACUCCCAGCUAGCCAAAAUUAAGCAAAAGAGGCUAGAACACAAAAUGCAUCUGAAGUUACCGAUUCUGCUUGACAUAAAGGAUUUCCUCAAGAAGAAGAAGAAGAGGAAGAAAAAAAAAAAGAAAAAGAGGGAAAGCGGCGAUAGUGAAGCGGGUAGCGAGGUGAGUAGCGAGGUGCGUAGAGAGGCGGGUAGCGAUGCGGAUAACGGAACACAAGCAGACCUUCCCACCAGCCGCCACAUGCAGGUCAACCAGGAGGAAGAAUCCCCCCAAAAUGGCAAAUCAAAAAGGAAGGGUAGCAAACACAGCACUGCCUUAACGAACGGAGAGAGGAUGCCACGUCCAAGCGAACGGUAUGAAGAACCCCCCCAACAGUUAGUAACCCCAGAGGGUAUCUCCCCAUCAGUGGUUACAAACCGAAGCGACUGUGAGAUGGAUGCCAAAGGGAGCGGCUUGCCAAGUGGAAGUGGUGAAGCUGAAACGACGACUCUACUACUCAUGCCUGCGGUAAACACAACCGACAGGAAUAGUAAAAAUUUCUCUAACAGAAGGAACACCACCCGCAAAAAGGAGUGCAUCUCACAGGAUGGGAGGGAAGACAAGCUGGUGUUCACCACAGGAACGAGUGUGGCUAGCCAAGCACUUGGUGGCAGUCAAAAGACAAAUAAACGAAGACCUAAAGGAGGAGAGAAACAUCCCCAUUUGAGUAAAUGCCAAGAGGUAGGCAACCCAGAUGGUCCGUCGGAAGGUAUUUAUGAAGAACCAAAUGAAGACCCCCAUUUUGAGAGUGCCAAGCGGGAUAAUGGCUCACGUAGGGUGUUGCCAAAGCGGGGGAGUCAACCAAGUGUCUCCGUAAGUGAUGAUGAUGAUGAUGCAGCUGGUGAGUCCACAUCUAGCGAGUCCUCCCCAUCUAGCACAUCUCCUCCACUGCUAAAAUGUAAAGUUACUUCAAAGAAAAAAGCGAAGAGGGUGAUUAAUCAGGAGAGGGAGAGUGCUGGUGCCCCUCGGGGGGGAGAACCCACGCCAACCCCUUUGAAUAGAGCUAGCCAAAAAAAACGGGAUCAAAAUGGCACCGUUUUUAAAAAUGCCAAUGAUUCCAUAGGCGGGGUCGAAUUCGAUGCUUUGGCCGCCCCACACAUUAACGGUGGAACGAACGGAGGAGGGGAAGCCACGCAGAAGGGUGCGAACAAACGGGGGGGCAACAAAAAGAGGAGGAAGAGCAAGCGCCCACCCCCCUCCAACGGGGAAGACAGCGCCAAGGGGGGAGGCCUCACCAAGGGGGGGAGUAACCAACCUGAACCGCCCCAACUCAGCAGGGAUGAAACGAACCAGCCGCGUAUCCCCGUAAGCACCCCAGAUGAUCACGCGAGGGCUCGCCCCAAUGCGCGUGCUGCAUCACCCACGAAGAAUGUAAAAAAAGCAGACGAUAUUACGAAUAUGAAAAGGAAAAAUGGAGCGGAAGAUCAGCUGGAGGAACUACCACCAGGGAGUUGCGACGAAUUAACUAAUGUAGAGCACCUCACCAAUGCAAGUGGAACCAAGAAGAAAAAAAAAAAUAAAAAAAAAUAUAAAAAAAAAAAUUGCACUGAAGAGGUGGACCCAAACGAGGGGCUUAAAUCUACCGUCCAGCUCGUCAACCCAAAUGAACAGAACGAAAUGGGGGAGUCUCCCGAGGGGGAGACACCCUACCUGCUUGAAAAGGAGGAGGAGAAGGAUUCACCUCCCAUGGGGAGUGGCCCCCCCCAAGUUGAACCUCCCUUCGACGAAAAGCGCAGUCCCAAAAAGGGGGUCAAAAAGGGGGCCAAAAAGGGACCCAAAAAGGGACCCAAAAAGGGAGACAGAAAAGGCUCAAAAAAUUCUCUUACGCGGAAAGGCAGCCAGGGGGGAGAGGAAGCGGCUCUCGAUUCAGCGUCCAGCGCGAUUGUCGAGGAGGUGGACCGGAGCCAGUCGGGAAGUACCCCAUUGGGUAGUAGUCAGCCGAGUAGCAACCAAGCGCACGCGAACGAACUGCCCCCCAACCAACCGCUUCCCCCGAGGAAGGGGACGCACCAGGAGAAGCAGCGAAAUAAAGACCCGGCACAACCCAAUCAGAUUGACGCAAACGACGCAGCCGCCGCUGAACCCAUCAUCUACACAUCCGUUAGCUCGUUUGCCAACAUGAUCAUGGACCCACUUCCCAUCAGCCAUGGGUUCCUCACCCCCAGAAACUUAUGCAUUGUGGAUGAUGCAAAACUGUGUAGAUUCACAAGCGAAGGGAAUUUUUAUUCCCAAAAUGGUUUGGCGGAGGAGGAGGAGCAGCAGCAGAGCAAUCUCUCUCGGGGGGAGGAGUCCUUUGUUAAUGUGCCCCCUGCUCGUGAUGGCCAUUUUGAGGGGAGGAGUGUGCACGUAGGAGAGGGCAGAAGCAGCCACGGGGGCGGUAGCCAGAGGAGCGGCAGCCCAAACCGCUACAACGGCGACGACCGCGACGACCGCUACGACCUCUAUCAUCACGACGAGGGGGACUACUCGGUGGACAUGCUCAGCGACCACGUGAGCAGCUUCGUGUCUAGGGACUACCCCCACUAUGCAAACCACGCCAGUUACGCUAACUACGUAAACUACGCAAACCACGCGAACCGCCUGGGCCGCGCCAACAGGGCGCUCCCCCAGCGAACUCGCAGAAAGGGCUUCCCCUCGAGACACCUAAAUUGGAACUACCCCUACGGUUCCACCACGGCCUACGGGGAGGAUCUGUGGAAAAGCGAAUAUGAAAGUGCCAGAUUCAACAGGGAACCCUACUUCAACGGGUUUAAACGUGGCUACGCGAAUUACAUGUUUCGCACGGGGGGCUGGGGUGGAAUGAGCAGCGUCAGUCGAGUGAGUGCAUCCCACCGCGUCAGUUGGUAUGGCGGUGCCCACAACUUUGGCCACCCGAACAGAGUGGACCGCGUGAAUCAGUGGAUGUACGGGCACGGAAGCUUCUUCCCGGUCAGACAAUACGACGCACGUAGGGGCAAAUAUCGUCGGCUAGUGCAGCAGCAUUGGAGAUACCCCCAACAGUAUAGUAGGUUCCCCCAACAGUAUAGUAGAUUCCAGCAGCAGUAUAGUAGGCCUCCUCACCAAUCUGGUCGGCCCCCUCACCAGUAUAGUAGGACCCCCCCGUAUGGAAGGCAGCACAAAGUGAAGCCCCUCCCCAGUGGCGGAACCGAUUGGAACAAUUACACCUACGUAGGCAGCAGCGUUAUGGGAAUGCACGAGGAGGACGUGGCCUCUGUAGAGGCAUCUCUUGUUGCCGCGCCGGAGGAAGCGGGGGGCUAUGCCCCCAGUGUGCAUGACCAUCCAAGGAGAAACACCAGCAGCAUUUCUCACAGCAACGAUAUUGACUACAGCAUUUGUACCUCCGCCAGGAGUUCCUACAAACCUUAUAAUAAAAUUAGCCCCCCUCAAAGUGACUACCAUUAUGUGCAUGCAAAGGGAGCCCCAUCUGAAGACGCCAGAGGGAUACAUCGCCAAAUGAAACAUGAGCAGUUGCUAUGCAGAGAUGUGGGCUACUUAGGAGGGUACAACCUCGGGGUGAAGGCCCCAUGGGAUGGUCUCCAUUACGGCAACCACUUGGUUGCCCCUUUUAAUGAAGUGGGCCUCUCCCCGAUUGGAACCACCAACAGAGGGGCGCAGCAUUACACCGACUGGGGCAGUCACCUCGGCGCGAGCCGCGUAAGCGUAGGAGGUAGCUUCCCCCCUGGGGGGAACAACCCCCCAGGCGACGAACACCUAAUGCCGAACGCACAAGGAGCAACCCCCCACCUGCACCCAGACCGAACCCUUUUCCACCAAACCAUCCAAGUGAACAAAGAAAAAAUGAGCUUCCUCUCAACCCCCAAGUGGGACAUCUACGCCAAAAUGCAAACAAGAAAAAAAAAAAAAAAAAAAAAAAUUUCCGAUGAGCUGUACACACAACAGAGCAUGUGCCAUGCAGAUGGGUAUUUCUGUUUGUCAAAUGAGAUGGACAAUCUUAGUGCCAUGUACCCUCGUGAGUAUAACCCUGUUGUGAGUACCUUUCAUGGCUCCUAUGGCAACCCCUCCGGCGCCUUUUACCACCACCCCCCCUAUGGCGUCAUCUCCCCGAUGGGCAUCCCGCUACGAUAUUUCCACUCCGUUAGCAGCGCGCCGCACUUGGCUAAUCUGACCAACGAGGGGGACUCCCGCGGUGAAAAUUGUGCAGCCUCUCAGCAUGGGGUGCAGCAGUAUGGGGAGCAGCAGCAUGGGGAGCAGCAGCAUGGGGUGCAGCAUCAUGGGGGGAGUUCUCACGGGGGCUACCCGCAGGGAGGACCUCCUCCAGACCAGCCACACACCUCAGAACGUGCCAACCACCCCCCCCCGGGGUGCACAGUUAAACCAGAAGAAGACACCCAACCGGGGAAGAGGAACCCCCCCAGUAUCACUCUGCCUAAUGGAAGUAGAGCAGAACGAGCAGAGGUCCCCGAGAGGCAGCAUCGAAGUGGAGACCAAACAGAUAACGAAACCAAAAGGGAGGCAAUCCACCCGAAUGACCAAUUGGCUUAUACAAAUGAGUGGAAAGAAUCCCCAUCUGGUGAUGACUGCAGAGUGCCUACCCAAGAGGACCUACCGAACAGCUACGAAGGCACCGACAAGGGGAGAGCCCCCCCAGUGCAACCCCAGAAAGGGAAGAAGCAAAUGUCUGCCCUUUCGAACAUCAAUCAGCAGGAUGAGGAUAAGCCAAACGAUUACAACGAAAUGGUGAGGAAGUACAACCAACUUAAAAUGUGUAGCCGUGGAAAUGGCUCAUUGGGGAGAAGUGAUGAGGAGGACUGCUCCCUAGGCGCGUCUGCCAUGGGUGGGCCCGUUUGCGUGUUCCCCAAAGUGAAGCGAAGGAGUGCCAAGCAGGCGAAGCGGGCGAAGCAGCAGAAGCAGGAGAAGCAGCCGGAGAAGUCGGAGCAUCCGGAGCAGCCGGAGCGGCCUGCCAAUGGGGAGACCACUCCCAUGCAGGAUAUAGAAAACGAGGAGGCGGACCCCCGAGAGUGUCCCCCUCAUGACGCGGAGGGCUCCUGCGGAUACGGGCCGCAAAACGGGCAACAACUGACUGAUAAGAGGAGGAAAAAAAAAAAAAAAAAAAAAAAAAAGAGGCAGAAAAAUGGAGAGGAGGCGGCUCCAAAUGGGCAGGCCGCUCAACAUGGGGAGGUGGCUCCAAAUGGGCAAGCGGCUCAACAUGGGGAGGCCGCCCCAAAUGGGCAUGCCUCCCAACGUGAGAGGAACCAAAGCUGCGUCACCAUCAGCCACUACGAUAAGAUAAUCGCGCGCAGAAGUCUCCUGCCCCUCCGAAACGGGAGGAGAAGUGUAUCCCUAAAUAUGGAUGACAAACCAAGGGUGCAUCUGCUGCCCCUCCUCCAUCGAGCAUUUCAGAGGGGCAGCGCCGUUCAAGUGGGUCCCCCCCCCAUGACACUUCCCAGAGGUGAUAAGGGAAUGAACCCACCACAACACAUCGCCCUCCAGGAAGACCUCUCCCUCCUGUUGCGAAAAACAGAAGAGCUACUAACCGAUCUGCUGAAGAAGGUGAAGCCGUCAAAGGACAUCAAACGGACGAAGCGAAAGAUCUUUUCCCUCCUCUCUAAGCUCAUCAAGCAUUUGUUCCAGUGCGACAUCCAAAUAUACACCGUGGGUUCUAGUGCCUACGGGGUGGAUUCUAAAACGAGCGACCUGGAUAUUGUCAUUCAGGCAAAUCUGCACAACCCGAAGUAUAUCCUCCGCAGCAUCUACGACUACAUCGCGCAGAUGAAGAGGGAGCAGGGGGGAGCGGCGAAGCAGGGGGAAGUAGCGGAGAAACAGGACGAAGCAGCGGCGAAACAGGACGAAGCGGCCGCGCCCCUAGACCCAGCCGAAUGUGCCUUCUUCGACGACGUACAGCUGCAGCUGGUAGACUCCGCAAGAGUGCCCAUCCUGACGUUGAGGAAGAAUCACAUCGUCUGCGAUGUGUCUGUUAACACCAAUAACUCGCUGAAGCACACGGAAUUCUUUUCGAGCAUUUUAAAAAGAUUUCCCAAUUUAAAAAAUGUCAUGAGGAUACUGAAGCUCCUUCUUAAGGUUAGGACCCUACCCUCGAUGAAGCAGGGGGGACUGCCCACCAUCCUCUGGAUGAUGCUGUCCGUUUGUUAUUGCAAACUCCCCACGGAGAGCAUUUCGUUUAGUAGAUCUGUUGAGAGCUGCCCGGUGAGGAAGGCCCAGAGGGGCGUGAAAGGCGGCCAGAGGAACGGCAAAGAAGUGGGGGUCUCCAUCGGCCCCGGCGCGCCGAGCUCCGCUCCCACGGUUAGAAGUGAUCGAAGUGAUCGCUCCGCUAGCGAUGAAGCGGGUGCACUGCCCCCCUGUGCCGCUCACCCGUCGAGGGAUCUCUCCAAGGAGAGACGCGCGGACCACCUCGAAGGAAGAGACCCACCAGAUGAGCCACUCUACCCCCUCGAAGGAAGAGACCCAUCAGAUGAGCCACUCUGCCCCCUCGACGGAGAAGAAGAUCAGCUCCUAAACGGUGGGUACUACCCCGAGGGGGGGGCAAACUGCAUGAUGGGGAAGCAGCCCAUGGAGUGGAGCCCCGGAAGUGAUACGGAAGAAGCAGAGAAGAAAGGCAACCAAUCGGAUGCCCCAAAGAAGGAAGAUACCAACAAGGGGAUCAGUGGAGGAGAAAAAAAUGAGAGCGAAUGGUCAGUCGACGUACAACAGGAGAGGGGACUGAAUGGUGUGGAGACUUCCCUUGGUUGGGUCUCUCAAAGGGGUGAACUACGUGGCGGCGUUAUUAGAAACCCAGGGGGGGGAAGUGCCCCCCAAUCGAACGAUCCAAGUAACUCCCUUGAUUGUAACCGCACCCCUGAGGGCCGCCUACCCGGAGGACUCUCUCCCCACUCAGCUGAGAAUGACGGUGAAAGAGGAGAGGCCCCCCCCUGUGGGGAACCCAAAUGCAAAGUGGAAGAAAUGCACAUCGGCACGUCGAGUUCGUCUCCCUCAGUGUGCAGCAGCGGGGUGAACGCCGCCUCUUAUGGGGAACCCUUGGAGGGGGGUGAGAAAGGGGCCCAACAGGAGGAGAGCAAAGAAGCGGGCCAACCAAGACAGACGUGCGAAGCGGGAGAAGUGGAAGAAGCGGACCACCUUUUCAGCAAAUCGUGCCUCCUAGUGGAGGAGAUAUUUUCCCAAAACGAGGACGAAGAGUCGAGUGCCAAAUCGUGCUGCCAUCACUACGCGGAGUUGUCUAGGCAAAAUUGGGGAAGCAGCAAAGGGGGGAGCGACAGUGAAGGAGGACCCGAUCACGUGCCGCUUUUUUCGAUCCACUGCCCGGAGCGACUCCCCCGCGGCCACCAUCCCAACUGCUUCGACUCAUUCGACUGCCUCGACUGCUCCCUUACGCAAUCCACGAGGGGAACCCCACCACACACACACCAGCAGAAGCGGAAACGAAACAUCCUAAAGGUGAUUCACCGAAAUGGUAAAGUCCUCUCCCUGUUCGAGCCCCCCAUGGGAGUCGCACCGAGUGACGAGGGAAAAAAUGAAGAACCUGCAAAGUGCGUAAUGAACUCUCAAAGUGGAGGAAGAAAUGGAGGAAGAAAUGACCCCCAGAGGGACACCAGUCCGGGGAGAUACCAACCUGGGGAGAGCAACAGCGCAGUCAUAGCAGUCAGUCCAGUCAGCCCAGUCAGCGCAGUAAGCCCAGUCAGCCCAGUCAGCCCAAUCAGCGCUGUAAGUGAGAACCACCUGAUGGCGCUGGCCCCCCUCUUUUACUCCCUCAUGAUCCUCUUCAACGAGCUGAACUCCCGAAAGAAGUUAACCAAAACGAUAAACAUCAUCGAUGAGGAGAAAUGCCACCUCAAAAAUCGGGACGAAAUUAACCGAAGGCUGCUGUCGUCUGUGUGCCACGGGGGCGUUUGGGACGAGCUGCUCACUCUCUACGACCCCAUUUACAGCUUUAACUACGACAGGUACAUUAGCUGCCAGUGCGGCGGUGUAAGCGGCGGUGUGAGCACUGCGAAAGGGAGCCACAUGUACAGAGAGAACUUCGGGCCGGACACCCACCAGACGAACGAAAUCACGUCUUCAACUUGGCCCAAAAAAAAAAAAAAAAACACAAGUGAGUCACUCCUUUCAAUGCUCGGGGAGGUAACUUCGUUUUGUAAAGCGGACGGGAAGAAGCAGUCCGCCAAACAUGAGAGUGCAUCGAAUGGUGCUGUUCAUUUGGUGAGUGUAGAUCGAGCCUACUGUGAUGGCCACCCACAUUGGGAUCUUCUCCCCUCGAACGAAGAGGAGGAAGGUCCCUUCUUUGGAUAUGCUUUCAAGACGUGUGGUGCUGCCCCCCCAGUGGAUGAAAUUAAAACCGGCGAAAGGGUUGCCAGCGGGUGCUCCAUCUCGAUCGAGAGUAGUAGCAGUGGGAGCGUCAUCGGAAGUGUCGCCAGAAGCGUCGUCAGAAGCGGCAUCAUACGUGGCAACGAUCGGCACUCGAGCAACUUGCGGAAGGAGCAAAAUCGUGAGGGCGAUUCUUUCAGUAGGGAGAAGGGGACCCCCCCUCCUGGUGGAAGGGCCAGCCGUACGGCAAAUAUGGAAGUGGAAAGUGAAGUAAAAAAGGAAGCAGAAAACGAAGCAAAAAAUGAACUACAAAGCGACCUAGAUGCAAUAGAAGGAGAGGGCGAGACGAACCCGCCCCUUCCCCACUGCAACGUCACAGAUAACGGUUUGGCGAAAAAGGAAAAGAAUAACCGAGCGGGUAAUCGCUUAGAAGGGGGGACAACCACCCAACGGACGGCUCUUCAAACCAAGAAAGGCACGAGGACAUUCGAAAAGAAAUACGAGCAACAUAUAGACUUGGCAGGAAAGGUCAGCAGCGCCACGUGGUUGAUCUACCUGUAUGAGCUGAAGCGGGCUAGCUUCUUCAUUAACCAUUACCUGCACCACCUGCAUCUGUUCAUUUGUUUUAAGAGGCACUUCAGUGGGGGGGGCCAGGGGGCGCCCCAAAAUGGGGGGAAAACCACUCCAAGUGGGCCGCUAACCAGCACAGCUAAGCGGCAAACCACCACUUCCAUACCGCAAACCACCGCAUCCGUGCCGCUAACCCGGAUCGCCAGAAACUACGAGGCCUUCCAAAAGAAGCAGUGGCUCACCAUCAGGGUAACCCCUAGGGACGAGCUGCCGCAUGCAGAAAAACAGAGCCUGCGAAGGGAGGCCCUCUUUCCGAACGCCACCUUUCCGCUGCUCGGCCAGACGGAGCCGCCCAUCAUCGUCGACAAAGGUAAAGGUGCCCAAUUGGAUCUACCCAAGAGAGAGUCACCUCAAGAGGGGAAGAAAAUCCACAGCGAUGAAAAGGUGCAGGUCAAGGAAAACACAACACUCAGCGAAAGGAUGGAGCAGACGAACCACCUGGACCCCAAAUGGCAAAUCAUGUUGAAAUGCAUUUUGCAGAAUCUAAAAUGCUGCAUCCAUGCGCUGUUCGAACGGACAAAAGGAGAAAUAUAUGUGCUUCCCUUCCGUCCUCAAUUGGGAAGUUCGCGCGUGUGCAGAAGCAGUAGGGAGGAGGUAGUACCUCCCAAGGGGGGGAACCACCUCAAAGGUGCAGAAAGGGAACAACGAGCAGGACCAUAUGAAAACAUAAGAGAAAGCCCCGAAGAGUGUAGCCACAUAAACGCCCUUCCAACGGAUGGAGAAACGACUAGCCAAAAAAGCACCAAAGAAAAAAAGCAUAACCACGAAGAAGAACCUGUAGAGGACCCCACAGAUGAGGAGAACCAAUUCGCCCUUGUCCUGAUAGAGGGCAAACUGGUGUUCGUUAAAUUUGUAAAAAUUUGCAUUGACCGAAAUAAAUUUUGGGACGAAAGCUUUCUCUGCAGGAGGGACAUCAGGACAGUCAUCCACGCCAAGGCCCUGGAUGUGCUGUUCAUUUCGAACAGGGUGAUUAGGGCGGAGGACGGGGGGAAAAGAAAAAAAAAAAAAAAAAAAGAAAACCAAGAUGGUAGUGGUAAUGGCAAUGGUAGUGGUAAUGGCAAUGGUAAUGGCAAUGGUAGUGGUAGCCGGGCUCACCCCGACAGUGACGCAAACGCCAGUGGAAAUCUCGAGAAAAGAAGCCCCCCGUCCAGCGAUACGUCUCACUUUGACCAGAUGCUGCUGGAGGAUAACUCCUUCGAAGAAGACGAGCGUUUUUCCAAGAGGGACUCCACGCUGAGUGAUGAUUGCCCAUGCACUGCUAGUGAGAACGUCCAAAAGGAGGCGCCAACCCCCGGGGGGGGCAUAAAAGGAGAAAAACACCCUUCGAAUGAGCCCAAACGAAGAACGAAUCAUCCACCCGACGGGAAGAACCACUGCCUGGUGGAAAACCCGAGGAGGGCCAUGAAAUCCUGGGAUUAUAAAAAACAAAAACGGAAGGCAAAAUGCAGUAAUUUUAUUUACAACUCGAGAAAUGACUACCUUGGCCUUUUGGUGGAGAAGAACGGGGGAGGCAGGCACAGGAUGGUCAGGAGGGGGGCAGGUCUUCCGGCUCAAACGAGAGAACAGUGCGAGUUGCCCAAGCAGGAGGAACCGCUCAAUCAGGAAGAGCAGCCCAAACAGGGAGAGCCGCCCAAACAGGGAGAGACAUCCAAACAGGGAGAGACAUCCAAACAGGGAGAGACAUCCAAACAGGGAGAGACAUCCAAACAGGGAGAGACAUCCAAACGGGGAGAGACAUCCAAACAGGGAGAGACAUCCAAACGGGGAGAGACAUCCAAACAGGAAGACAUCUUCCUCAUCAACCCGUGCAACUUCGUAACUCGCGUGAAUGUAAAAACAGUGUACCUACCCCGCAGGGAUGUGAAGGACGAACUGACGGACACCAUUUGCGAAAGGGCCCACCUGAAGGAGAAUCAAAUGAGGAAGAUUUUCAGGCUGCGCCAAAAGGGACCACCCCUCUCGGGAGCGAAACGAAGGGGAUGCCAAACGGGCUGCCAAGCGGACUGCCAAGCGGAAGAACCACCAGCAGAGGACGAUGACAUAUGCUGCGUACGAAUCAUCCCAAGAAGUGAAAUCAUGAGAUACAAAGAGCUAAUCCGGAUUACCAAAAACAGCCCCUUUUAUCAUAAGAAGGCGAAGCACAUUUCGAACCAUGCAAACCCCCCCCUGCAGCAACCUGUGAGUGUGUGUAACUUCUGCCAGACCAGGGGAACCUUUAAUGUGAAAACGAGUCACUUUACGCUUUCCCACGUGGACACCGACGUUGCGGAGAGCAUCACCCAGUUCCUCCGCCAGUUGAUACAUGGGAGGUGCGUCUCCCCGCAGUUGGAGGAGUAGCCUCUGGAGAAGUAGCCUCUGAAGAAGUAGCAUUGGAGUAGUGGCAUCUACCGCAGUGGCAGCGCAGUGGGGACUCCUCCAGUGCGUACAAGGGGGACGCCCCACAUCGCCGUUGUAAUUAAUGAGAAAGCACAUCUUGCAUUUUUUUUUUUUCUUUUAACAUUUGUUUGUCUUCCUUUUUUGUACGCGUUUGUUUGUUCUUUCGACCGUGUGGUAUUAUUUUGUUGUCUUCACCUUUUCGCCGUUUGGAGCUAGCCACGUCACCCCCUCUUUUUUUUUGUUCCCCCGUUUUUACUCACCUCGGAGGAGGCAAACAGGAUUACAAACAAAUGCACAAGAACGAUUAAAAAAAGUGCCAUAAGGGGCUAACCUGC